AUGGAGUCGAAGAAUGGUCAAAUCCCGUGGAAACUGUUACUUUUUGCGUUCACAACGCUGGUAAUUGGCGCAGCUCAGGCUAACGAUCAUGACGCACUGAUCAUAACUAAACUUGGCUCAAUUCAAGGUGUAACGCAGGUAAUUUCCAACGCCCACGGAUCUGCUAAAGCGAUCCAUAAAUUUCUGGGAAUUCCCUACGCAAUACCUCCGAUUGACAGCCUACGCUUUGCACCACCACGGCCUCACAAAGGAUGGGGCAAAACGGUCUACCAAGCAACGUCUUUCAAAUGCAUCUGCAUGCAGUUGAUACACCACUACAACUCCUCCAUUAGGCAAGCUUGGGAUGGAUUUUCGGAGCAGGAUAACAUUUGUGAAGACUGCUUGUACCUGAACAUCUAUACUCCGAUCAAUGCAUCUAAAGCCGAGCAACGCUACCCCGUUUUAGCCUACAUCCAUGGCGGUGGAUUUUUUGCCGGAACUCCAGUUCAGGUCGUGUCCCCUGGCGAAUAUUUACCUUUGCGUGGAGUUAUUCUAGUCUGCAUUCAAUAUCGCCUUGGAAGUUUCGGGUUCUUCACGACAGGGGAUUCAACGGCGGCAGGAAAUUAUGGAAUGUUAGAUCAAGUUGAAGCGUUGAGAUGGAUUAGAGAGAAUAUUGAAAGCUUCGGAGGCGAUCCUACGCGGGUGACACUGUUCGGAGAAAGCGCGGGAGGGGCUAGCGUAAACCUUCAUAUCCUAUCUCCACUUUCCAAAGGUCUUGUUCAUGGCAUUAUCACGGAAAGUGGCACAGACUUGUCGCCUUUUGCCUUCAACGAAAAUUCAGUCGUUUCUUGGUCUUCGAGGAAUCUGGCUGAGAAAUUAAACUGCGGUCUCAAGAAGACGGAUCAAAUGUUGCGGUGCCUAAGGUCGAAAAAAGCGUCAGAGAUUUUACAGUUUGCAACCAACGGAAAUUUUUAUCCCGUUGUUGAUAAACACUUCUUGCCUGAUUCCCCUAGAAAUCUGCGGAAAGCGGGCAAAUUUCAGAAACUACCAACAAUCGCUGGAUUCGUGAGUAACGAAGGAUCUUUCUUGCUUGACAGCUCACUGAAAGAGUACGAUGAGAACAUCUUCAAAGAAUAUAUAAAAGGCCAUAUCAUCAACAGCAUGGUGGACUAUGCUGACCGAACAUCUCUUCUAGUGGAUGCGGUGUUGUUUCAGUACACACACUGGCCGGGAAAUAGCAACAACUCCUCAAAAAUAAGACAGAGUCUAAUCGAUGCCUUCACCGAUUAUUUUGUCGUGGCGCCGACCCAUGCGAGCCUGGUUUACCAAAGUCAAUUUUCUCCAACCUGGCUGUACGAGUUUCGACAUCGUUCCAAGCAUAGCCCCAAACAAGAUUGGGAAGGCGUGGCUCAUGGAGAUAUCACGGCAUACGUCUUCGGCGUUCCUCUGUUGAAUCUGAGCUCACCACAUCCUUAUACCGAUACAGACAGAAACAUCAGCGAUUUUAUGGUGACCGCCUACACAAAUUUUGUAAAAUUUGGAGAGAAAAUGCCGGAACGCGUAUACGGCCUAGAGUGGAGGAAAUUUAUGCCUACCGAUCACUUUUAUCUCCGAAUAGAAGCGACCCCCCACAUGGCAAAGAACUUUCAACCCCUCAAAAUUGCAUUUUGGAACGAUUAUAUGCCACAGUUGUCCGAAUCCAUCUUGAAGUGUCUCGAUCCGGAGAUCGCAGGAACAACAAGCGUAGCACACGCAAAGAAAUUUAACUAUUGGGAGUCAUUACUUAUAAUGUUUAUUGUAAAUAUUUGGGUGCUGACCUGGCAAACGUGA